AUGGCGUCCAGCGUCCGCGCUUCCAUGGACUUUAACGGCCCCUUGAACGCACUGUCCACGUCGCCAAACAACCGCUUGAUAGCUGUGGGUGGUCGAGAUGUGCUCAAGGUCGUGGCGCUGGAAGCUUCGGGCUUCACAGAGAAGCGCAACCUGCGCGUCGUGGGCAAGCCAAAUCUCAACUUUAGUACCAAUGACAUUCGCUGGCAUCCACAUUCGGCCUAUUUAUUGGCCACGGCAGCGACGAACGGUGCCGUUGGGAUCUGGAAUUUGGAGCGAGAUGGGUACAAGCACGUUCAAGAGCGCGUGUUGAACGGGCAUCGUCGUGCAGUGAACCGCAUUUGCUGGCACACGACGGACUGGAAUGUACUCAUCAGUGGCUCGCAGGACGGCACAGUGAAACUCUGGGAUAAACGAGGAGGCAAAGUUGUAUCGACGUACCAGCCAAAGUCCGAAAGCGUUCGGGACGUGCGUGCGAGCCCGUUUCACCCGAACAAGUUUGCUGCUGCUUUUGAAAAUGGCAUCGUGCAGGUCUGGGAUAUGCGCAAGAACACACAGCCAGAACUUAAGUUUACGGCUCACAAGGGUUUAGUGCUAACCGUCGACUGGCAUCCGACGAAUGCUAACGUGCUAGCCUCUGGUGGACGUGAUCGUUAUGUAAAGAUAUGGGAGCUCGCGGAUGUUCGACAGCCGAAGCAAACGGUCCAGACAAUUGCAAGCGUUGGUCGUGUAGCUUGGCGGCCAGCAGGUGUGAUGCAUAUUGCCACUAGCGCUUCACUCAUGGACAAUAGUAUUCAUGUGUGGGACACGAAGAGGCCAUUCAUUCCUGUGGCAUCCAUGAAAGGGCAUUCGGACAUUGCAUCGGGCAUCUCAUGGAUGGACACACCCGUGUCAUCAAACUUUAAUCAGCCUGAGAUUCCAGGAGACUGGGAAGGCCAUUACUAUUGGCAGCACAUGCUAGCAUGUUCUAAAGACGGCACGCUGAAGCUUCAUUCUCUCGCAGACUCAGUCAAGCCGCACCAAUCGCUGCCAACAACGGCACUAGCCCUCAACUCAAAAGGCCAAGUUGCAUUUUCUCAUGACUACAUCGACCGGUCGUGUGCUUCGCUGAAGAUCCACCGUCAUUUUGGCAUUGGCAGCUCACUCUUUACGGUUGAAGGGGUGUCGUCUGCUUCGCCACCUCUUUGCCCUCGUAGCGAGGAUCGGAAACCAGGUAAUGAUCCAUUGACAAUGUCACUGAGCCCUUUCCAUGGCAGUACCAUCAGUCCGGAAGAUGCUAGCGCAGCUGCGCUACAGGACCAGUCGUCAGGACGCUCGACCGCUCGGUCGUUUGGAGCAGGAUCGCACCAACCGCCUUUACCACCCAAAGUGUUGAACCGAUCCGGCGGAAGCUGUACGAACCUGGGAGUAUUGUCUGCCGGUUCGUUAUCUACGGGUAGUGUUAAAUGUGCUGGGGGGAGUAGCAGCCUCACUAUGGCAAGUGGAGCGGGCUCUGCUGGAAUCGCGAGGGGUACAGGCUUUACCGCCAAGUCAAGUAUGCUGAAUCCACAGGGCAACAACACUGGUGAGAUCGGAUCAAGCACCCUACCGGAGGGAAAUUUUGUAUCAGUCUCAAGUGCAUCACUUUCGCUGGCAUCAGCGUCACCCGUAACUCCUAUGAUGUCUGGCCCAACUGUUCCUCGAGCUCUCGUCGCUCUUGUGACAAUGCAAAACAUUAGCAACGCCAGCCAGCUUGAGAAGGUAUUUCUUGGCGAUGAAAGCGAGUACGUGCAAGCGGGUAAACAAGUGGAAGCUAUGCGCGCUCAGUUUGAGCAAGGACAGCACUUGAAAGAGUCAUUUGGGUUCGAUGAGCACGUAUUCCGAUUUCUGGCCAAGCACUAUGUACUCUUCCCUGAACGAGGUACCGUGAGCAAGGACAUCUACAAUGGCUCAGAUGGAGUUGGUAGUGUCGGUGAUCAAGUGACAGUAGCAAAGACUGGUAUGAGCUUCGCGGAGAUGUGCGCACAUAAUGCUUUGGCAGCAUUUGUCACGGGAAACGCACAUUUGUGUCAGAUGUGGCGUAUUCUCGAGGUUCUUUACACUAACGAGGAAGCCGAUGUAAGAAGGAAGGCAAGAUGCAGCGGGAAAGCGGGCACCAACAAACCCUAUCUUGACGAUCUUGGCCUCCGAGAUCAAGUUGGCAUGUCGAUGCUGAACGAAGACAAGCAUGACCGGACACCAAGUGACAGUGACGACGAUGAUCGGAUGGAUCAGUUCAUGCAGCACAAAGGUGAACCAAUUGACGAAUUCGAAAAUGAGGCGCACGCCCACGCAAAUUACAAUCACAACAACCCCAGCGAGACAGCCAUGUUACUUGAACAACUUGACCACGUAAAUCCGCAAGCUAUGGAAGGAUUUGAUCCGUAUCCGUAUGAUCUCAGGGGAAGAAUCGGUAACGAAAGCGGACGUGAGGGAGUCGAUCGUAGCGGUGCAUCGGGAAUCGCGAAUGUGCGCGGCAACUCGUCGGCGAUCAUGAACGGAAGCGCUGUCAUGGGGGAUCUUGGUCACCUACGUGACGACGUAUUGAAAGAACUGCUCGAGUACUACACGGAGAUCGGUGACCUGCAGACAUGCGUUGCUGUUAUCGUUGUCGCGGGGAAAGUGACAAACGUGGAAAAGGUGAUGGGGAAGGCGUGGUUGCAACACGUUUACAUGCACUACAUCGACCUCUUGCACCAAUUGCAGAUCUACACAACAGCAAACGAGUUAGUUGCAAAUUGCUCGGACCAGUCGAUUCGGCAAAUGAACAUGAAAUCCACAAGCGUGUACUUUAAUUGCGCCAGAUGCUCGAAACCGCUUGAGUCAACCGGUCCAAGUGAACGGGGCAUUCCAGCUUCUUUGUGUUCAGGCUGCAGUAAUGCUGCUACUUUGUGCUCGAUUUGCCAAUUACCCGUCCGUGGUCUCUAUGUUUGGUGUCCUGUGUGUGCACAUGGUGGUCACUUGACCCAUUUGACCGAAUGGUUUGCAUUCGAGACGGUGUGUCCAACUGGCUGUUCCCAUCGCUGUUCAUUGAAUCUUGUGCAAGCUGGGAAGACGUAA